AUGAAGUCAAGAGCCAAAGGUCAACCUACUCCUCAGCCAGCGCCUACGAAAUUCUAUCUACCGUUGGAUAUUGCCUUUUACCUAUGCUUGGGUUCGCACAUCCUCGCUGCGUUGUAUGCUCCGAUCCAAGACUGCGAUGAAACGUUCAACUACUGGGAAUCCUUGCAUUACCUCAGCCAUGGCUACGGCCUUCAGACAUGGGAGUAUUCUCCAGAAUUCGGCAUACGAAGCUGGGCUUAUAUUGCCUUACAUGCCGUCCCAGUCAAGGUCGCCAGCCUUUUUGGGCGAUCAAAGACUUUCGAGUUCUUCACACUUCGUGUGAUGCUGGCAUUGGUUUGCGCGGCGACCGAAGUUCGUCUCUAUUCCACUAUAUCUCGGACCAUCAAUCCGAGAGUCGGGGUGAUAUACCUCAUGAUUGUUGCCUUCACACCGGGGUUUUUCUAUGCUUCCUCGGCGUUCUUGCCGUCCAGUUUCGCCAUGUACACCUCUACCCUGGGACUGACGGCCUUUAUGAACUGGCAUGGCGGAACCAAAACGGCUGCCGGCAUUAUGUGGUUUGGCAUUGGCGCACUCCUGGGGUGGCCCUUCUCGGGUGCUUUGAUUGUUCCGUUUGUCGUUGAGGACUGGCUCAUUGCACUAGUAGGCCAGAGCGAUCUUUUCGAAGCCUUGAGGCGGUAUCUGGAUGGUUUCGUCCGAUGUCUGGUCGUGCUAGCUCUCCAAGUCAGCAUUGACACGUUCUUCUACCACAAAGUCAUCGUCGUGCCUUGGCGCAUUGUGGCAUACAAUAUCUUUGGCGGCAGAGACCGUGGACCGGACAUAUUUGGGACCGAGCCAUGGCAUUACUAUAUUCGUAAUCUGCUGCUCAACUUCAACAUCUGGUUCGUUCUUGCAGCAAUUUCCGCGCCACUUUACCUAUUCCAGGCGAUGAUUCUGCGACAGCACACCACGAAGCAAUCAAUUCUCAGGACAAUCACCUUCCUCUCACCCUUCUACCUCUGGCUGGGCAUUUUCACCCUUCAGCCUCACAAAGAAGAACGAUUCAUGUUUCCGGCAUACCCCUUCCUGGCAUUGAAUGCUGCCAUGGCAUUUCACUCUCUUCUAGCGUGGAUCGGGUCAACAGAUUCGAUCAUCUUCGGCAGCAUCCCUCCGAAAGCGAAACUGGCUGUUAUCCUCCCUGUCGUCCUAUUGUCGAUCAACGUUGGCCUGCUGCGUAUCGUUGGCACAGUCACUGCAUAUCGAGCUCCCCUGCAGAUAUACGACGCUCUGGGGACAUUGAACACGACCCACCCAGCGGACACAGUCUGCUUUGGCAAGGAUUGGUAUCGCUUCCCCUCUUCACACUUUCUCCCCAACGGCGUCCACGCGAAGUUCGUCAAAAGUGAAUUUGAUGGACUCCUGCCCGGCGAGUUUCACGAGGGCAAGACUGGAUUCGGGUUCUUUGCUGGCACCUGGUUGGUACCGCCCGGAAUGAAUGAUCGAAACCAGGAAGAUCCUGGAAAAUAUAUUGACGUCCAGUAUUGCACGUUCCUUGUCGACUCGUACAUGCCCGGGAUGGAGGCCACCGAGCACGAACCUCUCUACAUUGCGGACGAAGAGCACUGGGAAAGGGUCGUCUGCGCACCAUUUUUAGAUGCUUCGGAGACAGGACUCCUUGCCCGGACCAUUUGGAUACCUGAUCUACCAGUAAUACCACCCAGGUAUCGCCGGCAUUGGGGAGAACAUUGCCUGCUGCGCCGGAGAACGCCCUGA